AUGGCAAAGAAGAAGAAGGGAUCCAAGGCAAACAAGAACAAACAACCACAACAGAGGAAGGAAGAUGAUAUAGGAGACAGCCAGAAUCACAAUGAAGGUGAUGGAAAUGGAGAUGUCCAACUGGACCUAGAUCAAGAACAUAAUCAACAAGAUACAACAGACCAUUUGGAAGUACCCAAUGAUCAUAGGUCUCUACUUAAAGAACCCGAGGUUGGGUUAGAUUCCAAGGAUGUCACUGACCAAGAAUCUGAUAAUGAUGAAAAACAAGAUGUACAUGUUUCGGAAGAAGAGGUAACAAAUGAUGAAGAACAAGAUCAGGUACCGCUGAAUGAAGACGAUGAUGCACAAACACAGGACUUUGGUGGUAAUGAUGAAGUCGAGCAAACUGAAAAGUCCAAGGGAACCGUUGAACUUAUUGAAGAUGUUGAUAAAAAUGGGAAUGGAGACAAGAGUAUAGACGCUGACCUUAAAGAUGAUUACCAAACAAAUGAAGAUCCAAAUAACACUACAAUCAACUCUACGGAUAAUAUCACCUCAAACGAAAGUGUGGGUGUCGAACUUAAGGAUAACCAGAAUUCAACAGAGCAGAACUCAACUACUGACAAACAUGAAGAGUAUGAGGCCCCUAAACUUGAAACUACAGACACCAAUGAUGAAACUAUACAGCAUACAACACAAGAAACAGAUGGUUCGAAUGAAACAAAUAAUGGUGACUCAACGAGAGAUAGGAGUGUAACAGAACACAUGACUGAAUUGUCCUCGGCUACUGAUGCUCCAAAAGGUAUAGAAAAUGUUGAACCCCCACCAAAGAAGCUUGAACCUACAAUAUUGAAUGGAAUAUCACCAGGUCCUUUUUCAAUUCAUGAUAUAAUCACUGAAAUUCCACUACAUAAUCCUGAUGUCAAAGGAUCAGAACAUUCUUUCCCAACCUAUGUUGAAAAACUUGAUGAUCAUAUAUAUAUAGGUACAUCUCAUGGUGAAUUGCUUCAUUUCUUCAAAAUUGAAAAUGAAUAUAUUCUUGUAUCAAGAAAUAGUUUCCAUCAAGCAAGAACAAAACCAAUCACAAAAAUUCUUUUAUUACCGAAGUUAGAAAAAGCGUUAGUGUUGUCUGGUGGUUUAUUUUCAUGCUUUUUAUUACCAGAAUUCUCACCUGCAAAUAUUGGUAGAGUUAAAGAUGUGAAUGAUAUUAGUCUGGACCAUGAUCAUUCUGCAAAAAACGAUGCUACCGGUGUUCAUGUUGCGGUUUAUUCAAAUCAAAGAAUACGUAUAAUAAAUGUCACACCAAAAGCUCUUAGAUUAGUGAAAGACAUAGCAUAUCCUGAUUCACAAAAGGGUUUAAGAAGAUCUGAAUAUUCAUUAGUUGCAUCAAAAGAAAACUAUGAUCUUAUUGAUUUAGAAAACACCCAGAAGAUUCCAUUAUUUCCUAUAUUAACAGUUCAAGAUGAAACUGGUGGGCAUACUGAUAAAUUAGAGCCAUUCAUUUUACCAGUUGGACAUGAUGAAUUCUUGCUGACAUGUGGUUUGUCACAAGAUGAGCCAGCAAUGGGUUUGGUAGUCAAUGUCAACGGUGACAUUUCAAGAGGUACAAUACCGUUCUCCAAAUAUCCUGAAUCUAUUGGUGUUGUGGAUCCUUAUACAAUUGCAACUUUCGAUGGUAAUAUAUCAAUCAAUUCCUUAAAUGACCAAACUGAAGUUCAAACUAUUGAGUUUAAUAACCCUAUUAAAGUAUGCAAUAUAACAUCACCAUUUAUUGAACCACAUCCAGAACUAAUAGAUUUAAUUAAACGUGUACCUAUAGUUGGUCAAAAUAAAGAACAAGAAGUUCAAGAAUUUGAUUUUGCCUCCAAGACUGCUACAAUAAGCUCUUCUUUGGUAACGUUUUGUACUGAUUUCAUCAAAAUAUUAUUACCACAACCAAGAUUAAUCAGACUUAUCAAAUUUACAAGCGUUCAACAAUUAGAAGAUGAAAUUAAGUCAAUAGAUGGAAGUACAGAACUGGGAGUUAUUGAACUGGAGUAUAUUAAUAUAUUGAUAGCCUUAACACUACUCAAAAAUAGAACAUAUAACCAAGCGUUUGAAGUUUGGACAUCUGGUAUUAUUGAUCCUAGGUUGUUGGUUUAUAUCUUCAAGUAUGAAGUCUUUGGGACAUUAUGGCUCUUCAAUGGUCUUAAAGAUGUUGUUGAUGAAUUGAGAAAAGGUAUAAAGGAAACGAAAUUUAGAAAGUUUUUUGUGAAGUUUUUGGAUAAAUGGAUCGAAAAGGAAUCUUUUAUUGAAAAUCAAGAUAUUUUAAAGUCUAUAGAAUUGGCUGACUUGAAAGAGUCAUUAGAUGAUGAUAUUAAGAUAUUGAAUAUAGUUGAUAGAUAUACAAAUGUUGCAUUGGAUGAUAUAGUGGAUAUAUUGAAAUCAAAUAAGAAGUUUACUGCAUUAGCAAAAGUUUAUACAAAACAAGAAAAAUAUAGAGAGGUCCUAGGUAUAUAUAAGGAUUUGGUUGAUGGAAAAAAGCCGUCGCAUGCUUUGAAAAAAGAUGAUGGAUUGACAUUGGUGAUUGAUCUAAUUUACAAACAUUUCAGUAAAGAUGAAGAUUUAGUUUGGGAAACUGGACUAUGGUUAAUAAAGAAAAAUCCAGAGUUGGGGUUGAACUAUUUCCAAAAUGAGAACUUGGAUAUAAAAAUCAAAGAUGAGACUGUUUUGAUCUCCAAAAUAGAUGAUGUAUCCUUAAAGUACAAAUACGUUGAAAAGUUAUUGGUCAAACUAAACAAAGAGAAGAUGAAAACAAAUCUAGUGAAAAAUUUAUACAAAACUGAAUUGAAAAGUUUGAAUGAUAGGAUUAAAGCAUAUAGAAACCAUUCCAAAUCAUAA